UCGCACGAAAAAAGAAAAAAACUGGAAAAACCGCGCAAACCCUACUUCAUCUCUAGUGGCCGCCGAUUUCCCGCUCGUGGUCGCCUGCUUGUGGUCGCCGAUUACCUCCGGGAGUAAACGCUCGUAACCAGCACACAAAUUUUCGAUUUGAAGCGUCGGUGAGCUGGAGGUUUCUAUAGUAUAAUUCCUUCUUUAGAUUCAAGUCAUCAGAAAGCUUGCAAGUUGUAAUUAUGGGCAAACCAACCUCUCGGUCGGAUUCGAAAUCUAAAGCCGAACGCAAAUUUGAAAAGAAGAUACAAUUCUAUGAGAGAGUUGGUGAAACUAUUGCUACCUUAAAUGCUCAAAAGACUAUUACUAAGAAGAAACUUCGAAGACGUAAAAGGGAUUUGAAGGCUUUCGAUCUUACUGCUCUAUCGGAAUUUCUUCCUGGAUUGAAGGCUCCGAAACAAAAAACUUCGGACACCGAGUUAAAAGUAAAUUGCAAGUCUAGGCUAAAGUUUGUAUUGAAGGAAACAAAGCAAAUGGGUACAGUUCUUAAUCACCCUGCAUUCCAGGCAGAUCCCCUGGGAGCUAUUCAUCUACAUUUAGAGAGCACACAACCAGUUGAGGAACCGAAGAAAAAGAAGACGAACAGAAACGGGAGCAAGAAAAGGAAAGAGAAGAAGUCCAAAGCCACUGCAAAACCUUCAUCUAUGGAGAUGUGACUUAUCUCUCAUCGGCUUUCUUUUGCCAUAGUAAGCCUACAGCUUUUUUUUUCAGCCCGAGAAGUUUGUUCGGACGUAACUCUUCGACUAAGAGGUAAGAAGUUCAAAUUGUCAGCUCGAUCUUGCUUUCUUAAUUUUGAUUAUAAGAACCCCUAGAAUUCAUGGGUGGGUGAGAGUGGUUCUUUCAAGUUUUCCUUCGACUAAGAGGUAAGAAAGUGGAAGUUGAUAACUAUGAAUGAAUGAACUCAUAUCAAGCAAAAAUGAGUUCAAUACCAUUUGGAAUAUUUAUUUAUCAAGUGCAAAAUCUUGGAUAGGUAUUUUCCUUGGACCAAAUUGGAACCAUGCUUGUUCCUUGAAACAUCUUUCACUCCAUCUCUCUUUGGUUAUGAGAUCUUGCCUCAUUAGUUCCGAGCUCCGAAAUCAACGGUUAUCAAAUCUUUCUUGUUCUCAAUUAAAUCUACUUUGUUCAUACAUAAUAUUCGCUUUUGUUUU